AUGAAAGUAAGAUUAGCAGUACUCGCAGCAGCUUUAGCGAGUGUUAUAGCUCAAGACACAAGUGCAGAUGCACCUGCAACCAAUCCAAAUGCACCUACCGCUAACAACGAUGCACCUGCCGACAUAGGAGAGGAGCCACCAACGGUGAAACCGGUAGCAUUCAAUGGAGACAGUGAGCAUCUCCCCACACACCCCGACGUUUUCCCCACACCCCAAACUCCUGGUGUAGGUGACUGGGCAUCCGCCACCGGCAAAGCGCGCGACCUGGUGUAUUCGCUGAGCAUCGAAGAGCGCGUCAACCUAACAACGGGAGUGGGGUGGAGUAAUGGGCCAUGUGUAGGCAAUAUAGCACCAAUCCGCGACGUGUUCCCCGGAAUAUGUCUCCAGGAUGGCCCGCUUGGUGUGCGAGAGGUGGACGGUGCCAGUGCUUUCCCUGCCGGCAUCAAUGUGGCAGCCACAUUCGACAAGAACCUCGCACGCGCUCGCGGACACGCUAUGGGAGUGGAGUUUAAAGAGAAGGGGGUGCACGUCGCCCUCUCCCCGUCCAUCGAUCUCGCGCGCGCACCAACAGGCGGACGCAACUGGGAGGGUUUCGGUGCCGAUCCCUAUGUCAUAGGCGAGAUGGGUGCCAAGACUGUAUCGGGGCUUCAGAGCGCCGGUGUACAAGCCACAGCUAAGCACUACUUGGCCAACAACCAAGAACAUUAUCGUACCACAUCCUCCUCCAAUUUGGAUGAACGCGCCGCGCAUGAACUCUACCUUCACCCAUAUCUCCGCGCUGUACAGGCGGGCGUUGCGUCGGUUAUGUGCUCGUAUAACCACGUACUGCAGUCUUACGCGUGCGAGAACAGCUACCUUCUUAACGGACUCCUUAAGCGUGAGCUGGCAUUCCAGGGGUAUGUGCAGUCGGAUUGGCAGGCACAGUACUCGGGUACACCGUCGGCACUCGGUGGACUCGACAUGAGCAUGCCCGGUGACUCUACCUUCUACUCCGGCUGGAGCUACUUCGGUGCGAACCUCACAGAGGCCGUCGCGAACGGCACCGUGCCUGAAGAGAGAGUGGACGAUAUGGCCACGCGUAUUGUGGCCGGGUGGUUUAUGCUCGGUCAAGACGAGGGAGAGUACCCGCCAGUCAACUUUGAUUUCUUCGGCAAAGGUAGAGAAAAUGGACCUGUGAAGGACGUGACGCACGACCACGCUGAUCUUAUUAAGGAGAUUGGUUCCGCUUCUACGGUGCUCUUGAAGAACGACGGCGCUCUCCCCCUCAACGGCGACAGCCUCGGUGCGAUCGCGGUUGUGGGCGAUGACGCUGGCCCUGCUGCUAAAGGACCUAAUGGCUGCGUCGACCAGGCUUGCGUCGACGGCACCCUCGCUAUGGGGUGGGGAAGCGGCGCUGUCAAACUACCCUACCUCGUCGACCCGCUCGCGGCACUCGAGGAGCGCGGCGCGCAGGACGGGUUCGGCGUCGACAACUGGCUCAACAACUGGGACGUGAACAAUGAGGUAUUCGAGGGCGUUGUCAGCGGUAAAGACGCCGCACUCGUCUUCGUCAAUUCGGAUAGUGGUGAGGGGUAUCUCACAGUGCAGGGCAACCAGGGCGACAGGAACAAUCUGACUGCGUGGAAUAACGGCGACGAGGUGGUGAAGAGUGUGGCCGAGAAGAAUGCAAACACUAUCGUGGUCAUACAUGCCCCAGGACAGCUCGACGUCGAGGCGUGGAUCGAGCAUCCGAACGUGACGGCUGUGUUGUGGGCUGGUUUCCCGGGCCAGGAGAGCGGCAACUCUAUCACGGACGUACUCUUCGGUUACUUCAACCCAUCCGGUAAGCUGCCCUUCACGAUGGCUAAGCAGCGCGAAGAUUACGGGACUGAAGUCGUCUACCACGACACAUCGCCGAUCCCGCAGAUCAACUACACUGAGUCAAUCUUUGUCGACUAUCGCCAUUUCCAGCAGGAGAACAUUGAGCCGCGUUUCCCAUUCGGCCAUGGACUCAGCUACACGACUUUCGAGCUGUCUGGGCUGUCGAUUGAGGGCGUGCAGGACCAGGAUCUGGAGGAGCACGCGGAUUACGACGCAGACAUGCUAGGCGCGUCUGUGCAAGAAUGGCUCCACGAGCCAGCAUACAAGGUGACAGUGGAUGUGACCAACACAGGGGAUGUGCUAGGAGGUGAAAUUGUCCAGCUUUACUUGCAAUUCCCGCGCGAGAGCGGCGAGCCACCGCUAGUGCUGCGUGACUUCAACAAGGUAGUGCUGGAACCAGGCCAGACUAAGAGCGCAGAGUUCACGCUCAGCCUGUACGACCUCAGCACGUGGCACAGCGAGAAACGCCAGUGGAGAAGACCGGAGGAGGGACUGACGAGCGUCGUAAUCGGGACAAGCAGCGCAGACGAGAGGAUGGUGCAGUCUUUGUGA